AUGCGUCAGGUUGAUGACAUCUCACUUUCUAGAAUAAACUUGUAUAGCCAUCAUGAUCACACAAACACUGAUUCACACCACAAAUUAGAACUAGGAACCUAAAUAAUUGGGAAUAAUUCAACUCAUUAAGAAAUUUCUUUCAAGAAUAAUUAGUAUGUGGGACCUAUCCAUCAUAAAAAUCAGUAUAACCAUUUUCAGAGAACUCAAUACAUUGACAAAGAAUUGGAAAAUAUUACAUUAAGAUAAUAAACAUUAACUGAUAAAGGGAAUGAAGAGGACGUUAAUAAUUAUGUUUUGAGAAUACCUGGAGGCCCUUACUAAGAUUAAAAUAACGACGAUGAGGAGAAAAAAUCUCCUUAAUCAAAGAGCUCCAAUUCGAACGAUCGAAGUUAACCUGAUAAACUUCUGAGUAGUCCAUCUUAAAGAGAGUAAUUUAAAUUCUAGCUGAGCUACAAUCAGAUGAAAAAUAAGCAUCAAUCUGAAAAUUUAAUAGACAGAUUCUAGUAUUAAACAGAUAUUGAUAACAUAGCGCAUAGAAUGGAAACACAAAGAGAUGAAAAAGUUAUAAAUAAGAUGUCACCUCGUUAAAAGCAUAGUUUAUAGACAUCAUCUGUAGGUUAGUAUAGUGAAUGCGAGAUUAGAGAUUAAACAAUUCAUAAAAAUGGAUUCCAGAGACCUUUUCACUGUUAGCAGGUUAUUUCUUGGUUUGAUUAUUUGAUGAAUUUGGUGCUUAUAUCUCUAGCUAUUAUAGAAAUAACUGAUAAUAAUGUUCAACUAGGAGUUGGUUUAACCCUCAAUAUCGGAAUACUUAUAAUAGUUUUCAUUAUUGGUGCUCAAUGCACAGGCAUAGAUCCUACUGACCCGAAUGUAUACUUUGAACGAAACCAACGAGACCAAGGAACUAAGCAUUGCGGAGAUUGUAACCGUUGUGUCGCAGUCUUUGACCAUCAUUGCAAAUGGCUCAAUAACUGUAUUGGUGAACUCAAUUACAACUAUUUCCUUGCUCUUAUCUCAACCUACUUGAUAUAUCAUGUGUUUGCAAUAGCUAUUCUGAUAAGCCUCUUUGCAAAAUGGAAUGAUGUUCAAAAUAAUCGCAGUCCAGGCUGGCUAGCCCUGGCUUGUUUUUUAUUUCUAAUGACUAUUAUUAAGAUUAUAGCGAUUGGCCAGCUACUAUUCUGGCACAUGUGGUUUAUCAAAUAUGGUAUUACAACCUAUGAAUAUAUUCUAGAGCAGAGAGAAAUUCUAGAUUUAAAGUCUAAAUUAAAGGAUGGAAUGAUGAGUUUAGAGAAAUACAAAAGAAAGCUGAGUAAAAUAGUUCAGUCUAGGAAGGAUCACAGAGAAUUCAGAAUAAAAUCCAGAAUAAUUAUAAAGGCAUAGAAGUAGUAAUAGGUUAAAAGCUAGCAAUCUGCUAGACAUUCAUCAGAAGGAAAUAAUCAUAACAGCUUUUUCCUCAGUAACUAUAACAAUAAUCAGAUUUUAAAUAAUACAAACUACCAAGGAAAUGCUAAUAAUAACUCAACUUUAAAUAAUCAACCAGAUAAGAUUGUGACAGAACGGGCAAGUGGGGACUUGCUAGGGUAAAGUUCAAGAAGAAGCAAUCAGUAAUAGCAAUAGCAAUAGUACAAUCAGGAAAUAGGAAUUCUUUAAAUUAACGAGAGUGAAUCAAAUGAUGGAAAAGAGAGUAUUAUAGCACUUGCUGAAAAGAUCAAGAGUCAAGAAUUUACUGAUGAUGAGAAAGUUAACAUGUAUAAUGAGUCAGGACCUUCUUCAAAAGAACACUUAAAUUAGAGAACAGGGCUAGCUGAAUAAAAUGAAAGAUCUGCAGCUGAUUUUCACAACCACAUUAACAUAGACUCAACAAAGAACCUAAUCCAUUUCUAGAAGUCAGGAGUAAGUACCUCUCUAAACAGUGCUGUCAGAUGGAAAGGAUCUAAUGUAGAGGCAGCUAAUUCAACUCAGCUCUCAUCUUCUAUAAAGAAACUACAAUCUAAAAGGAAUAAUGCUGUAGUUCCUAUUCAUGGUACAUUAAAUGACUCAACCGCUAUAGGAGAUUCAAGGACUGGAAUAAAGAGACUCAACACAGUGGUGGAUUAGAAGAAAUAUUUGAAGAUGGUAAGAGGCCUAGAAAAUAAAAAUCACUCAGUCAUCGAAUCUUAAAAGCAGAAUGCGGAUAUUCAGCAGAUUAAAUCUUUGAAUGAGUAUGAAAAUUCUGAGAAGCUUGAUUCUAAGGAAUUCAAAAUGCCUUCUUCAAGAUAAUAAUUAGUGAAGGAUUAUGAGUCAAAUAGAAUGUUUAAUAGCAAAUCUCCAAUAUAUAUGCAAAAAGCGUCUGAAAAUUCUAUGAGUCAGUCACAAAAGCAAAGAUCAUUCUCAGUUAUUGAUCAUAAAUACGAGUAGACAGAGAAUAAUGAGGAGGACUAGUAUUAAAUAUCAAACAAAAAAAUAAAAAAGCAAGCCUCUAAGUACCUUGACAACAGCAACAGCAGAAAUAGUAACAACCAGUUUCAAAACAAAAGCAUGACUAAUAAUAACUCAUAGAAAAGGAAUAAAUCUAUUUAUAACCAUAAUCAAAAGAUAUCUGAAUCUCUAAAGAAGAGAAUGUUCAAUAACUAAACACAUGGUGACUUCAUGAAUCUUUACGGAGAGAGAAACAAUUAGGUAGACAAGGCGGCUACUUUUGAUAUGAGACCCUUAGAUAUAGAUGAACUGUAUUCUAUGGAUUUAAAUGCCUCCCAUAAAAAGUCAAUCCUUGAUAAAUCUUAAAUUGAUUAACAGAGUCCAAUUAAAGAAUACUAAGUAAGCAGCAACCCUACCCAGAAUGUAGGAUCUAGUGCUAAAUUGGGUUAAAAAAGAGAUUCAAGAUAAGCUCCUGGCGUAUUCAGCUUUAAAGAAGCGAAGAAUAUUAGAUAUGUGCAAAGUUCUCUAGAAUGA